GACUUCUAGAGUUAAUUUGCGUCUUUUUCCCGCUAGAAUCUGUCGCAUUUCUGUCCUGCGUGUUUUCAGAAUUAGGAGACGCACAUUAAAGACUUUAUUCUGCAUAUUUCCAGCACUCUGCGACAGGUCCUGACUGGCUCACCUGUUUAGUUGUUAUGGCUACACGUAUUCGACCGCAGAGUAAUAAACGGUGUGCAGUGAUCGGGGGCUCCGGUUUCCUGGGCAGACACCUGGUGGAGAAGCUGCUGGAUCGAGGUUACUCUGUUUCUGUGUUCGACAUCCGUCAGAGCUCCGAGCUGCCCGGGGUCUCUUUCCACCAGGGAGACCUCUGCGACCAGCAGGCUCUGCUACCGGCUCUGAAAGAUGUGUCCCUGGUUUUCCACUGUGCCUCUCCAGCUCCGGCCAGUGAUGAUCGAGCGCUGUUUGAGAGGGUCAACAUUCAGGGUACCCAGACUGUUCUUAGGGCCUGCAUGGAGGCCGGAGUACAGAAAUUGGUCCUGACGAGCAGCGCCAGUGUGGUGUUUGAAGGGACAGACAUUAAAAACGGGAGAGAGGAUCUGCCGUACGCCAAGAAGCCCAUCGACUAUUACACACAGACCAAAAUUGUGCAGGAGAAGUUGGUCCUGGAGGCGUGUGACAAGCAGAAGGGUUUCCUCACAGUUGCCAUUCGGCCUCACGGCAUCUUUGGUCCUGGAGACCCGCAGCUGGUUCCCAUCCUGGUGGACACGGCUCGCAGGGGCAAGAUGAAGGUCAUCAUUGGUGAUGGCUCAAACCUGGUAGAUUUCACCUUUGUGGAGAAUGUAGUUCAUGGACACAUCCUGGCUGCUGAACGCCUGAGACCAGACUCUCCCAUAUGUGGAAAACCGUAUCAUAUCACCAACGAUGAACCAGUUCGGUUUUGGGACUUCAUGUCUGAGGUGUUGGUGGGUCUGGGAUACGCUGCUCCCCGCUACCACCUCCCCUACGCUCUGGUGUACGGACUGGCCCUGCUGCUCUGGCUGCUGAGCUUGAUCCUGCGUCCGCUAAUAAGUUUUAAACCAACCUUCACCCCGAUGAGAGUGGCUCUGGCUGGAACUCACCACUACUACAGCUGUGAACGUGCCAAAGAGGACCUGGGCUACAAACCGGUCGUCAGCCUGAAGGAGGGGAUUGAACGCACGGUGAAGAGCUACCCUCAUCUCAGACACGGGGCUUGAUGGCGGAAUGGAGAUAAGAAGCUGCUGAGACAUGUAAGACUGUGGGUGUUUGCACAGUUACGCUCAUGAUCACAACAAGGUGAUAAGGUCACACUGAAUGGAUGGUUCAAAAUGAUUGAAGUGGCUGUUCAUGUGCCUUUUCAAUUUUUAUCUACUAUUUCCACCAGCAGAUGGCAGCAAAUGGGCUUUUUUGUUGCACCCCCUGCAGACUGAGCAGUAAAUGCUGAGUUUAUGGCAACAUUAAUUGACAUAAUUUUGAUUUCAGUUGAAUUUAGUUCUGUUUUCACAGUUGUUUUUCACUCAUGUGCUGAGUGCACACUGAGAUGUUGUUGCCGAAAUGUCAAAAUGCUUUAAUACAUUCCAGUAAGUGUUUAAAACACAGUGUGACCAAAUGUAUGUAAUGUGUAUUUUGGCAAAAGGCUCUGAGUUCCAAUUAAGUAAAAUCUUAAGCAAUACCUAAGACAA